UAUUUCACUUCCGGUUCUGUGGUCCUCGUGUCCAUUAAAAAUAAAUUCUAUAGGCCUAUAUUUUACAGUCAAGAUGGCAAAGACAAGUACAAAGAAACCAAGAAUAAGAGAUUAUGUUAACAAAUCGAACCAUAGCAUGAAUCCGGAUAGAAAGAAGGGUGAAGGAGGGUCGAAUAUGCGUGAUCGAGCCACAAUCAAGCGACUUCAGAUGUAUAAAAAUUUCAAACCAAAAAGGGACAGUACAGGGAAGAUCACUAAAGCAGCCCCUUUCCAAUCUCGCCUGCCCUCUGGUACUGUAGCUAGGGUAGAACCCAACAGGAAAUGGUUUGGUAACACAAGGGUCAUAACACAGAAUGCUCUACAGACGUUCCAGGAGGAGAUGACCAAGGUCAAGAAUGACCCUUACAAAGUUGUCAUGCGACAGACAAAACUCCCAAUCACCCUUCUAAAUGAAACAGCAAAACAUGCAAGAGUGCAUCUCUUAGAUACAGAAAGUUUUGAAACAACAUUUGGAAAAAGGUCACAGAGGAAAAAACCUAACCUGAAGUUUGAAGAUAUGCAGGCUUUGAUGGAACAAGCAUCAUCUUCAGCAGAAAAGUAUGAUUCAGAAAAAGACCGUGAUCUGGUAACUGAGGAACCAGAGUUCAAACUUGAAGCACCAGAGGUCAUCUUCAAGGCUGGACAAUCAAGACGAGUGUGGGGUGAGCUAUACAAGGUAAUAGACUCGUCCGAUGUGGUCAUACAGGUGUUGGAUGCUCGGGAUCCACUCGGCACUAGAUGUUACCAGAUAGAACGCUACAUGAAAAAGGAAAAACCACACAAGCACCUUAUCUUUGCUCUCAACAAGGUUGACCUAAUCCCAGUCUGGGUCACUCAAAAAUGGGUGGCUAUUCUAUCAUCCGAGCACCCUACGAUGGCCUUUCAUGCAAGCAUCACAAACCCAUUUGGGAAAGGCUCCCUCAUCAAUCUCCUACGACAGUUUGCCAAGCUACACAAAGACAAGAAACAGAUUAGUGUUGGAUUUAUAGGCUACCCAAAUGUGGGGAAGAGCUCCAUCAUCAACACCCUCCGGGCCAAGAAAGUCUGUAAUGUUGCACCUAUAGCAGGCGAAACAAAGGUGUGGCAGUAUGUGACGCUUAUGAGGAGGAUUUACCUGGUCGACUGUCCAGGUGUGGUGUAUCCUUCAGCAGAUUCCAAAUCUGAUUUUGUCCUCAAAGGAAUUGUGCGUGUAGAAAUGGUGAAGACACCAGAGGACUACAUCUCUGAUUUGUUAAAACGUGUGAAGAAAGAUUACAUAAAACAGACCUAUAAGGUACAGGAAUGGACCAGCGCUGAGAACUUUCUCGAGCAACUUGCCAAAAAGUGUGGAAAACUACUCAAGGGUGGAGAACCAGACUUCAGCACCAUGGCUAAAAUGGUUCUGAAUGACUGGCAGAGAGGGAAGAUUCCCUACUUUGUACGGCCGCCUGGCAGCGAGGAGGGUGAGAGCAGCAUCAGUAGUACAGAACAACAGACUGGAAACGCAGUUGAGCAAGGGCAAAGUGCUGAUGAAGCUGCAAAGGUACAAGCAAAACAAGAGGAGACAACUGAGUCCAAGGAUAUAGAAGCAACAGAGACCAUUGGGGAGGCAAAGGUGAAAAAGGUAGUGAUACCAAAGGUACGACAAGACCUCAGUAAAAUUAAUGUGGCCCCUACUUUCAUAGCUGAAGACAUAAAAAAAUUGGAACUGGACACAUUGGAGGGGGAUGAUUCUGAGGUUUCCGAAUCUGAGGAAGAAGAAGAGGAGGAGGUAGAUGCAGAGAACAGAGAGGAUGAUGAAAAGAAUAAAAAGGACAACUCUGAGACAACCAGUGAUUUAGUCACUAAACAAGAAAAGUGUAGGGAAAACAGCAUAAAACACAGCAAUGAAAUGAAAAAAUGUAUGAAGGAUUUUGUGAAUGAUGAGCAGUGUGAGGUACUGGACAUAGGUGUGAACGAUACUGACUCUUGUGAUAAGGUCAAGGACAUUGGGGAGAAUGGUUCUCAGUCACUGGGGAAGAACAGUACAAAGAAAGUCAGAUUUGAUGUAGAGUGUGACGAUAAAACAGGGUCCCUCACACAAACGCGCAAAAGGAAGCCGGAAAUGGUUAAGCAGAGCAGAAGUGGCAAGUUUGUUGUCACAGAGAUUGACGAGGAAGAGGACUCGCCAAAGAAGCAGAAACUAAAUAGUAAACAGAGACGUCGAUUAGACAGAGAAUCCAAAACCAAGAAGAUAGGCUCUCAGUUUUAUGCCCAAACAAAUGUGAAAAACAAAAACCGAAGGAAGUAACAGGGGCAGGAUUGAUCAUUAGUGUGCUAUCACUGAUUGGAAUAUUUGUUUGUGCUUAAAAUCACAAUUAUUAUAAAAUAUUUAACUUUGA